GUUGCCAGCCCUACCUUGUCCGAAUGGGCACAUCAUAGCCAGACCAAUUCGAAGUGGCCAUUGACCCAUCUCCGAUCUCAGUCCUUGAAUGCGAGCUCUACAGUAAAAUCCUCAUCGAGACCACGAAAACCCAUCUUCAAAUCAACCUCGUUGUCUUCACUCCCCACGAUGAUAGGGCUAACUACUACACCAAAGAGACAUCUACCUAGUCUAAUCUCAUCGUCUCGCAACGAGGAUGGAACCUUGAGUACUCUUCCUGAUCCGCGUAGCAAAACAACACCACUCGCCGAUGAGUGCUUCAUACCGAAUGUUCAUCAUCCCGAUUUAAACGAUGAAGUUGCAACCCUCAGUAACAAAUUAAUCCAUGCCAUCAACCACCAAACAAAUUUGGACGACACCCUCUCCGCAACACGCCAUGAGUUGGAGUUAGCGCGCGACAAAAUUAAGCAAUUAGAACGGGAGAAUCGAAUGCAUAAUGAUCUCGUGUCUCGUGGAUUUCUUGUCCGAAAAUCAGCUAUGGAUUCCACCCAAGCAAAAUUAGCCGCUAAUGUAUCAGAGGAGCGAAAAAAACGGGCAGAGAUUGAGAGGGAGAAGAAAAACAUGGAGGUUGAACUGGAAACCCUAACAACUGCCUUGUUUGAGGAGGCAAAUAAGAUGGUAAUUACAGCUCGAGCGGAGGCGCAGAAAGAACUCGAAAUAGCGCAACGGAAAAACGAACAGCUGAAAACUCAACUUGCGGACACUGAAAGUCUCCUAGUAUCUCAUCAAUAUCAACUAGCAGGGUUGAAGCAGGUUAUGGAACAAAUGUCUGACGUUAAUGACGACCACACUAACUCAACGUCGCCUUCAUCGCCAGCUUUCACCAAAUCCUAUUGCAAGACAUAUUCCACCGAAGAUAUGGAGAUGACCCCUGUUUCCUCAGUACAAGAAUUAGUCACACCAACCUAUCCAACAAGCUUCACACACCUCAUACAAACAGUUCUCAGGACGGAUCUUCCGGCUUAUGAUGAAUUUACAAACUUAAUAAAAACAACUAAGAAGUUAAAUACAGGGAAUAGGAUUUCUAGUGGCUCCUAUUCAGGUACUGAAAGCAGCAUAAAUCUCGGUAAUCAUUCUGGUCUUGUGUUAACAGCAUCGGCGAAUAGCCCCAGGCCAUCUCCAUCAAUAUACACUACUUCACCUGCUACACCAAUAACACCUAUGUCAAGCACUACAAGCAACUCAACCCAGAACACCGGGUCAUCAUCUUCAUUAAAGGAUUCAAAGUUCUAUAAGCGUAUUCUCACAGAAGAUAUUGAGCCAACACUCAGACUGGACUCUGCACCAGGCCUCUCGUGGUUAGCACGUAGGACUGUGCUUAACUCUGUUUGCGAGGGAACGCUAAUUGUUGAACCUGUUCCGACACCGAUAGACAGUCUCUCUCGAGUUUGCGCAUUAUGUGGGGAAUCUCGUAAAGAUCCUGAGUAUACUCGGACCCAUAGAUUCAGAACUAAUAGUAGUGAGAAUGCACAAACCUACCUUUUGUGCAAGUACUGUCUUGGUCGAAUAAGAUCUACUUGCGAUUUAUUAGGUUUCUUGAGGAUUUUAAAAGAUGGCUACUGGAGGUGUGACGAUGAAGAGUCUGAAAGAGCUGCCUGGGAUGAAAGUAUCAGGCUUCGAGAACAAAUGUUCUGGUGCCGUGUUGGCGGUGGUGUUGUACCUGUUAUGAACCAUCAACAAGAGUUUAUGAAGAGCUCUAGUAUUACUAAUUCUCUAAUAAAAGACCAUGAAAAAGACGAUUACUCGGUAAACUUGGCCGUUUCUAGCGAAAAUCUUUCUCCUGAAAUGUCAGCAUCAUCAUGCAUACAAAGUUGCAAGAACUUCUUUUCUGAACCUGAAGAUAAUACGGAAGGGCAAGAAGCCGGCAGACAAUCAGCCCAAUUGGCUAUUUCACUCAAACCAAUAUCUUUAGGAUGGAAGAGGGAAAAGAGCUUACGACCCAAUGUAGAGCACAAUUCGAGACAAUUUGAGGUUAUCUGA